AUAUAUGGCAGUUUGCCGAAUUAAAAAUCACAUUCCCGGCAGAACCCCAGAAGAAUCAAGAUGUUGAAGCUAGCUCUGUUAUCCGUACUGUACGUAUGUACCAUUGCCACGCCCCUUAUCGAUCCUAUUCUGGACGAGGAGUGGACAAUUUUCAAGAAGACAUACAGCAAGCAGUAUGAGGAACAUGAGGAGCUGAUGAGACGUAUUAUCUGGGAAGACAAUGCUCGGUUUGUACAGAAGCACAAUCUGGAAGCCAGUAACGGACAACACACCUUCACCACUGGAAUGAACGAGUUCGGAGAUAUGACUAACCGCGAGUUUGUUAGUAUGAUGAACGGCUACAUCAUGCGUAACACGACGUCAUCACUCAUCUUUGAUGUGUCAGAUGAGUCCGUAGCUGACGAUUCCGUAGACUGGAGGGAAAAGGGAUACGUUACUGGUGUCAAAAACCAGGAACAAUGUGGAUCAUGCUGGGCUUUCUCCACCACCGGUUCUCUAGAGGGACAACACUUCAAAAAGGACGGGAAAUUGGUUUCUCUUUCUGAACAAGACCUGGUUGACUGCUCCAAGAAGGAGGGAAACAAGGGAUGCAAGGGAGGCUUGAUGGACAACGGCUUCAGAUACAUUAAGGAAAACAAUGGAAUUGACACUGAGGAGUCUUAUCCAUACCGUGGAAAGGACGGCAAGUGCAAGUUCGAAGCUAGCAACGUUGGAGCUACCGACACCGGUUUCGUUGACGUCAAGAGUAAGAGCGUGUCAGCCCUCCAGCAGGCCGUGUCAACCAUUGGUCCAAUAUCUGUUGCCAUGGACGCCAGUCACAGAUCAUUCCAAAUGUACAGGUCCGGAAUAUACAAGGAACGUAUGUGCAGUUCCACCAAGCUUGACCACGGUGUCCUGGCUGUAGGCUACGGCACAGAAGGACAGAAAGACUUCUGGAUCAUCAAGAACAGCUGGGGAACAUCCUGGGGAAUGAAAGGUUACUUUAACAUCGAGAGGAGCCAAGCCAACAUGUGCGGAAUUGCAACACAGGCCAGCUACCCAACCGUUUAAGGAAGUCGAUUGAUCUAGUGUCUCAAUUGCUUACAUACGAAAAAUUAAAGUACGAUUUCACCUAGGUAUGGUGUUGCCUAGAAAUGUUUAAGUAGUUUUUGUGAUAAGCAAACACAAUACUCAUUUUCAAUAUUGAGUGUAAAUCAUGUAAAAUUAUAAUUUCCGCCAUUUUGUAUUUUACAUUGUGUCAGUUUUCUUGUUACGAAAAUGCAUUCUCAUAUUUUUCCAACACCAUAAAACUUGCUGUUUUUAUUAUCAUAUUUUUUU